CCGUUGAUGACCACAGUACCUUCCAGCUCAUUCACACCGGACAUAACCCCCAUAAUCCUAGCAGGACACAGGGACAACUACGAAAUCAUUAAAAUCCUCCUGGACCGGGGCUACCGCAUCCCCAAACCCCACAACGCCCGCUGCAGCUGCAAAGAAUGCAUCACGGGCAGUCAAGAAGACUCCCUCAGACAUUCCCGCUCUCGGAUCAACGCCUACAAAGCCCUCGCCAGCCCCUCCUUAAUCUGUCUGUCCAGCAAAGACCCGAUCUUGACUUCCUUCGAGCUAAGCUGCGAACUGAAGCAGCUGAGCAAGCUGGAGAACGAGUUUAAGGCAGAUUAUGAGAAAUUGGCAGCCAAGUGCCAAGAGUUCGCUGUUGAUUUACUGGAGCAGACCAGGGGAUCGAGGGAGCUGGCGAUUAUACUUAAUCAUGACUGUUCUGCAGCUGAUGAUCAAAACUGUGAUAAAGUUCGUCUGUCCAGGCUCAAGUUGGCGAUCAAGUACAAGCAGAAAAAGUUUGUUGCCCACCCUAACUGUCAGCAGCUAUUGGCCUCUCUAUGGUACGAAGGUCUGCCAGGUUUUCGGAGGAGGUCCAUCCUGUCCAAGCUGGCCAUUAUGGGAACUAUCGGCGCCAUGUUUCCUGUUCUGUCGAUCAUCUAUCUGCUGGCGCCCAAGUGCAGCAUCGGCCAGUUCGUGACCAAGCCCUGUGUGAAGUUCAUCAUUCACUGCACGUCUUACAUUGUUUUUCUAUGUAAGUAUAUACGGCUCAUGUGGAGCGAGAUCAAGCAGCUAUGGGACGAAGGCGCCAUAGAAUACAUCCACGACAUGUGGAACAUUCUGGAUUUCUUCACCAACUCGCUUUACAUCGCCACCUUUACUUUACGACUGUUGGCUUAUUUACAGGUACGAGAAGAACGAGAACAGCGCAACCCUCUAGCAGUCGUAGACCGUGAGUACUGGCCACCUUACGACCCUAACCUCAUCGCUGAGGCACUUUUUGCCGCAGCCAACAUCUUCAGUUCCUUGAAGCUGGUCAACAUCUUCACGGUCAGCCCCUACCUGGGGCCCUUGCAGAUCUCACUAGGAAGGAUGGUGAUGGACAUCGUCAAAUUUGGCUGUGUGUUCUUGCUGGUGCUCAUCUCCUUCGCCUGCGGGCUCAACCAUCUGUACUGGUACUAU